AUGAAUGAUUACACUCCGGACGCCGUCGUCAACCGCGAUGAAGCUAUCCCAGUAGUUUCAUUCGAUAUAGAUAACUCAUCGCAAUCCAAAACGGAUAAAGCGAAAUCCCACAUCCCAGGACUCCGACAUGCAGGCCAGUCAUCAGAAAGCGACGGGCAAUCAGGGUGGUCCAUACAAGACAGACUCUUUUCGAAGCUUCUCCAACAGGUCAUUCCUUCUGAAGAACGAGACAGCGAAGAUACAGACAACACCGACAAGCGCCCAUCAAAGGGCAUCUCGCGACCGCCUUUCAGCCUUCCUCUUAUGACAAACAAUUUUCGACGGUUCAAUGCCAGGAUCGGCAUCGCAUUUGUGUUCCAGGCUCGCAUGAUACAUCUAUUUGGCUGGAGAUAUCCGACACAGACUUGGUCGUUUCUUGCCGUUUAUUCGUUCAUCUGCCUCAAUCCAUAUCUUCUUAUUGUAUUUCUACCGGCCAGUGUACUGCUAUAUAUUAUGGUGCCAGCCUUCCUUGUACGCCAUCCACCUCCUCCUUCGAAUUCUACUCUAGGGACGACCCCGUACUACUCUUAUGGCGGACCAGCGUUAGCACCAGCCAGGACCAUCAAGCCAGCGAGCGAGACAUCAAAAGAUUUUUUCCGCAAUAUGGGUGACUUGCAAAACUCAAUGGCCGAUUUUUCAAAUAUGCAUGAUGCUCUUGUCGCAACAAUAGCGCCCCUUACGAACUUUUCUGAUGAGACUUUAUCAACAGCCGUGUUUUUACUUCUGACUAUCGUUACCGCAUCUCUAUUCCUAAUCGCCCAUCUUCUUCCAUGGCGUCUAAUCUUCUUUCUUGGUGGCAAUGCAGCUAUUAUAUCCUCCCAUCCGAGUGUUCAUGACUUUUUAAACCAGGUUCAGGGGCAUAAGGAUGAGGAAGUCCCAGAGCAAAAGAACCAGAAAUCAGCAAAAGGAGAAAGAACGCCGGAGCAAGCUUCCCCAGUCACUCAGCUCCUCGGCCCUCUGGCAAAUAUUUCACUAGAUUCCGCUCCGGAGGAACGUGAAGUAGAAAUUUUCGAACUACAGCACCGCUCUAUCUCGCCAUUUGCGGCAUCUUCUGAAUGGGAGACGCUUUUAUUCUCGCCUGUUCCGUACGAUCCAUUAUCGCCAUCCCGCAUUGCUGGAGACCGGCCGCGUGGUUGUCGCUUCUUCGAAGACGUGCAAGCACCGUCAGGGUGGACAUGGAAAGGAAAGAAAUGGGAGCUAGAUCUCGAAUGUCGCGAAUGGGUUGUAGAGCGUAUGAUCACCGGGGUCGGAUUCGAAGUUCCAGGUAAUGGCACCUCAGGGAGUAGCGUCGAUGAGCAAAUAGGAGGCUGGGUAUGGGAUUUACCCCAAGUAGAGAGCGAAGGCUCUGUGAACGACGACGAAGUCAGCAUGAUGGCAUACGGGGAUCUAACAGAUGCAGCGCCAGCCAAGGCAUCCUCGGCUUCUAGCAAAGUCAAGGUGAAGGGAAGUCAAGGCCGUGACUGGGACGAGACCAUGCAGGCUCAGAGAGCUGGCGCAUGGCGACGGCGGCGAUGGGUCCGCGUCGUACACCGUGUUGGUGUGCCGGGAUCAGACAAAGAGUAA